AUGAUGCUGCCCCACCGCCACCCUCACACCAGCGCCGGUUUCCUCGACGUGGGCAUCCGCCCCUCCGGUUGUUGGGCCUUCGUGCUCACCCGCGGCGGUGACCGACUCUGGCUGGACACCUUCAAGACGCUGGAGCUCGCUGCCCGUGCGUACGACGCCAUGGUGUGGCGGCUCGGCGGAGUGGGCGGGUCGAUUAACUUCCCCGACGUGCAAAGCCGAGAUGAGGCUGACUUCCUCGCGUCGUUGUUCACCACCGUUCGUCGUGAGGAGGAGCGGUGGGUGCGCCAGCAGUAUAUGUGGUUGUCGAUUAAGCAGACCGACGAGGAGGUGACGACGGAGUUCCGCGCAAAACAUCCGUAA